AUUUAUUUUAUUUUAAAAAAUGCAAAAUAGACUUAGCAAAGAGUUGUAAGAUUUGACUACAGGAAAUCCUCUUGUUGGAGUUUAAAUAUAACCUGAUGAAAAAAAUAGAUUAUUGUAUAUAUUUAAUAUUUAUUCAUAGAUGGAUUGCUACCGUGUCUGGUCCUGAAGGCACAGCUUAUUAAGGAGGAAAGUUUAAACUUGCUAUUACAUUUCCAGAGAAUUAUCCAUUCAAAGCUCCAUUCUUUUAAUUCUAAACUAAAAUAUUCCAUCCUAAUAUAAAUGAGAAAGGUGAAUUUUGUGAAGAUAUGAUUGAAACUAAGGUAUUUAAAUUAAUCAGCAAUAAUUAGGAAUAAUGGCAACCAACCAAAACAGUCAAAUAAGUAUUGGAAAAAAUCUUAAAUAUCCUAGGAUAAGUGAAUACUGAUUAAUCUCUUAAUAAUCAAGCAAUGGAGAUGUAUAAAAAAGACAAAAAUAAAUUUGAAGAAUAUGUCAGAAAUGAAACAAAGAAGUACGCUUCAUGAAUUAACGAUAG